CGCACGCGCACGCGCGCCUCCACGGCUGGGUCGCGGCUGGAGUGAGGACGCGCUCAGUGGAGCAGCGGAGCUACGGCGCUGCUGCCACAGCUGCUCAGGAGGGGAGCAUGUCUGCAACUCGAGCCAAGAAAGUGAAGAUGGCCACCAAAUCGUGCCCGGAGUGCGACCAACAGAUUCCUGUCGCAUGUAAAUCAUGUCCCUGUGGUUACAUAUUCAUUAGCAGGAAACUACUAAAUGCAAAACAUUCUGAGAAAUCACCACCCUCCACAGAAAACAAACACGAGGCCAAGAGGAGGCGAACAGAGAGAGUUAGGAGAGAGAAGAUAAAUUCUACAGUAAAUAAAGAUUUAGAAAACAGAAAGCGAUCUCGAAGUAACAGCCAUUCAGACCAUAUCAGACGAGGAAGAGGAAGACCGAAAAGCACGUCUGCCAAAAAGCACGAGGAAGAGAGAGAAAAACAGGAAAAGGAAAUUGACAUCUAUGCUAACCUCUCUGAUGAAAAGGCUUUCGUGUUUUCAGUCGCCUUGGCAGAAAUAAAUAGAAAAAUCAUCAAUCAAAGACUUAUUCUCUGAUACUUGUCUGCAAAAUCUGUUGCCACUUUCUUCAGGAUUACAUCAGCAAAUUCUCAAACAGUUGUGGACUCUCAGGAGCGCUCUGACUGUAUGAAUGAGGGCCAUUGAUUGCUUUUUUGUUAUUUAGUCCGGUGCCAUGCUUUGGGAGCAAAGCUGUAUGUUUAGACUUUGCUGGGUUUUCCUUGUUUACCAAGGAUUAUUAUCAGUGUUUUGUGUUGGGAUAUAACUAAAUGUAUUUUUUUAAAAACCUACCAAAAAUAGUCCCCAAAACUGGAUGGAUAUUUACAGAGUGAAGAAAUAGGUGUGAAGGUGGAAAUACAAAAACUAGGGCAGUUACAGUGCUUCAUAGUUUUCAGGUUUGCACCAGAGAUGCAAUAUUUUAAGUACUGUCAAAAGAGUGACUUUUAAAUAUAUAUAUUUGAGUCUUUCAUCGUAAACAGAUUGCAUAUAUACAACUCACUGACUUUUAAUAAAUUGGUAAUUGAUAUUUUAUUGAAUGGAGAAUUACGAA